CAUAAGCCUCUCUAUCUAUACUACACUUCGAAUUUGUUCUAAAAUUACGUAGAAUUCCCUUUAAUUUCAUGGCUACUACUUCUUUCUACAUGACCAUACCAAUCUUCAAAAUUCGCUUCUUCUUGUUCUUAUGCUUUUUUGGGAUAGGUUCUUCUCAAUUGUCCUCUGAUUUUUACUCCACAACGUGUCCCAAUGCACUUUCAACCAUUAAGAGCGUAGUGGACUCUGCUGUGAGCAAUGAGGCUCGCAUGGGAGCAUCCCUCCUACGUCUCCAUUUCCAUGAUUGCUUUGUUCAAGGAUGUGAUGCAUCAGUGCUAUUAAACGAUACAACAAGUUUCACAGGUGAACAGACGGCACGUGGCAACGUUAAUUCCAUAAGGGGUUUUGGUGUAAUAGACAACAUCAAGUCUCAAGUUGAGAGCUUAUGCCCUGGUGUUGUUUCUUGUGCUGAUAUUCUCGCUGUGGCUGCAAGGGACUCUGUUGUUGCUCUUGGUGGACCUAGUUGGACAGUGCAAUUGGGCAGAAGAGACUCAACCACUGCAAGUUUAAGUUCUGCAAACUCAGACUUGCCCCGUUUUGAUUUAAGUCUACAACAACUUAGCGAUAAUUUCCAAAACAAAGGUCUCACCACCGCAGAAAUGGUUGCUCUGUCAGGAGGGCACACAAUUGGGCAAGCUCAAUGUUCAACUUUCAGAACAAGGAUUUAUAACGAGACCAACAUAGAUUCCUCUUUUGCAACAUCAUUGCAAGCAAAUUGUCCAAGCGUGGGUGGUGACAGCAAUUUGGCCCCUCUUGACAGCAGCCAAAACACCUUUGACAAUGCUUACUUCAAGGAUUUGCAGAGCCAAAAGGGUCUCUUGCACACUGAUCAAGUGCUCUUCAAUGGAGGAUCCACUGACUCUCAAGUAAAUGGUUAUGCCAGCGACCCUUCAAGCUUCAACACUGACUUUGCCAAUGCAAUGAUUAAAAUGGGGAACAUUAGCCCACUUACUGGCUCUAGUGGCGAAAUCAGGACCAACUGUUGGAAAACCAAUUAAGAUCUUGGGUAUAAUUGUACUAAGUAUAGUGUAAGUUCAGGCUAUUUUUAAAGUUACAAUAGGGACAAACUGUAAUGAUGUCCAAAGGAGAUUCAAAGAUGUCCUUAAACUAAAGUGGUUAUAAGUUAUAGUUUUUAUUUUAUUUCUCUUAAAUUAUUGAGAUGAUAGAUUGAUGGAUGGUAUCCAUUGAUUAACAUCAAUUAAAACUAUAUAAAUGCGUUUCUUUUUUUUUGAAAGAUCAACCAAUCAAUGAAAAAUCUGAGUAUUAAUUUUAA